UCUCUUCUCCAAAACCUGUUCAUUCUCAUCCAAAACCUUCCUCCCAUGAAUCAAAAUAUCCAAAUCACUUUCCUACUUUCACCUUAACUAAACAAAAAAUCUCGAAUCCAUUGUUUCUUCCAUGAUGAAAACAUCCCAAAAAGAAGAUUCCGGUUCACCGGUUCGAACCGCUCCUAAAUUCAUCAUGCUCUGGAUCAUCUUCUUCAUCUCCAUAACUUACCUUAUUUACACUCUCAAACUCAUCUCAUCUUCCACCUCUAAUCCCUGCAAAUACGAUCUCCUCUUCAACCAUAAUCGUCUCUCUCUCCAUUUAUCUUCACAACCCAUCAAAAAUCAAACAACCCAGAUCCAUAAUCCGUCUUUAACGGUCCAGAUCGGCAACCAAAACACUAAGAUUAGACACAUUGUGUUCGGAAUCGCCGCGUCGGCGAAAUUAUGGGAACAACGAAAGGAAUACAUUAAAUUAUGGUUCAAACGAAAGUCAGGUAUGAAAGGAACGGUUUGGUUAGAUAAACCGGUGAAAACCCAAGCUGGAGAUAAUCUCCUCCCACCUGUGAGAAUCUCCCGUGACACUUCGAGAUUUCCGUACAGAAACAAACAGGGUCAUCGGUCGGCGAUUCGGAUAUCCAGGAUCGUGUCGGAAACUCUCCGGCUCGGCGUUGAUAAAGAUGUGAGGUGGGUUGUGAUGGGGGAUGAUGAUACUGUAUUUGUGACGGAAAAUUUGUUAAGGGUUUUGUCAAAAUACGAUCAUAAUCAGUUUUACUAUAUCGGAAGUUCGUCGGAGAGCCAUUUACAGAAUAUGUAUUUCUCAUAUGGGAUGGCGUACGGCGGCGGUGGAUUUGCGAUUAGUUAUCCAUUAGCGAAAGCUUUGGAGAAGAUGCAAGAUCGGUGUAUAAAGAGGUAUCCGAGUCUUUACGGGUCAGAUGAUCGGAUGCACGCUUGUAUGGCUGAACUCGGAGUCCCACUCACUAAAGAACUAGGUUUUCACCAGUAUGAUGUAUAUGGUGACUUAUUCGGGCUUCUAGCUGCACAUCCAUUAACCCCUCUUGUAUCAUUGCAUCACCUUGAUGUGGUAGAGCCUAUCUUCCCAAACAUGACUCGACUAGAGGCUCUAAACCACCUUCAACUUCCAAUGAACCUAGAUUCAGCAGGUCUAAUGCAACAAUCAAUUUGUUAUGACACCGAAAGAAAAUGGACCAUAACUGUUUCAUGGGGCUUCGCGGUUCAAGUUAUCCGUGGACUCUUACCUCCAAGGGAAGUUGAGAUGCCUUCUAGAACAUUUUUGAACUGGUAUAAGAGAGCUGACUUUAAGGCUUACUCUUUGAACACUAGACCGGUUAGUAGAAAUCCAUGUCAGAAAGCCUUUGUUUUUUACUUAUCGAAGGCUAGAUUGGAUUCUUGGACGAAUCAGACGGUUAGUUCGUAUAGGAAGGAUCAUCGAUUUCCUCAUCCUUUGUGUAAAUGGAGGAUGGAACAUCCGGAUAAACUUGAAGUGGUUGAGGUUUAUAAGAAAAAGGAUCCAGAGCUAUGGAAUAGGUCUCCGAGGAGAAAUUGCUGCAGGAUAUUGGAUUCGGGGAGGAAAAACUUGGCGGUUGAUGUACAUGUGUGUCGAGAAGGGGAGAUUAGUGAGUUAUAGUCAAAAUGUAAAGACGGUUUUAUAUACUUUACCGUCAAUUUUCGUCGAUAGAUCCUUCUCUAUUUUAUUUUAUUUUUGAUCAAAUCCUUUUCUAUUUAACUUUUCUAUUUUUUUUUAUGUGUUUCUCUUUAUUAUACAAAUUAUAAGUUCUUACU